AGUCGGUAAAUACUAAAAUAUUACCUAUUUUCUUUGUGAAAUGUGAAUUGUGAUUUUGUUGACUGAAGAUUACUUUGCAAUAUUAAAUUCCGUGUCAGUUAAUCAGAAAACUAUUAUAAGGAGAAACACUAAAAUUGAAAAUGGGUGCAGUAUUAGGUCUUUGUUCAGCAGCUCAGCUUGCAUGCUGUUGUGGGAGCUCAGCUUGUUCCCUCUGUUGCUCAGCUGUGCCAUCAUGUUCCAACUCAGUAUCUACAAGGAUCAUGUACACAGUAAUGUUGCUGCUUGCAAUGGUUGCAGCCUGUAUUACAUUGGCUCCAGGAUUACAUGAGGAAAUGAAGAAGGUCCCAUUUUGUGCCAAUUCAACAGGAUUGAUUCCGGGAAGUUUAAAAGUUGAUUGCGAUAAUGCCGUUGGAUACUUAGCUGUUUAUAGGAUUUGUUUUGCAACAUGCCUUUUCUUUAUAUUAAUGGCGCUUAUUACUAUUGGUGUGAAGUCUUCUAAGGAUCCACGAGCUGGAAUACAAAAUGGAUUUUGGGGUAUCAAGUACCUCUUAAUAAUUGGUGGAAUCAUUGGAGCCUUCUUUAUACCCGAAGGUCAAUUUGCAUCAACUUGGAUGGUGUUCGGAAUGAUUGGUGGUUUUAUGUUUAUAAUAAUACAGCUCAUCUUGAUCAUAGACUUUGCACAUUCUUGGGCUGACAGGUGGGUUGAAAAAUAUGAAGAAACUCAGUCUCGUGGAUGGUACUCAGCCUUGCUACUUGCUAUGCUAUCAUGUUAUGGCCUAGCCAUCACCGGUAUUACACUGCUCUAUGUCUUCUAUACAAAGCCGGACAGUUGUGACCUCUCGAAGUUCUUCAUCUCAAUCAACCUGAUACUGAUGGUAGGCGCCAGCGCUAUAUCGAUCCUUCCGUCAGUUCAAGAGCACCAACCUCGCUCUGGUCUGCUGCAGUCCUCAGUGGUCUCGCUAUACGUCGUGUACCUCACUUGGUCGGCGCUCUCCAACUCCGCCGCGGAAUGUAAUGCCAGUGUCACGGGAACUAAUCAGGAGACACAAGAAGAUUCUUAUUGGAACUCAUUCGACAAGCAACGCAUCAUCGCCGUGGUAAUCUGGGGUUGCAGCGUGCUAUACUCCAGCAUCAGAACAGCCUCCAACUCCUCCAAGAUAACCAUGUCCGAGCAUAUACUGGCCAAGGAAGGAAAUGCAGGAAAUGGAGGUCUUAUUGCUAAUGAAGGUUAUGAUUGUAUAGAGGGCGACGGCGGUGAGGCGGGCAAAGACGACGGGGCGAAGGUGUUCGACAACGAGGGUGACGGCGUCGCCUACUCCUGGAGCUUUUUCCACGUAGUCUUCGCUCUGGCGACCCUCUACAUCAUGAUGACGCUCACCAACUGGUAUAACCCUAGCUCGCAGCUGUCCCAGGUGAACGAGGCGUCAAUGUGGAUCAAGAUCACGUCAUCGUGGCUGUGCGUCGGCCUCUAUGUGUGGUCCCUGGUCGCACCCGCCAUCUUCCCCGACCGAGACUUCAGCUAAGCUUACCCGUUAUACUCAAUACUUCUCUACCGCGUUCAUUUGAAUAAGCUUGUAAUAUAGACUAUCGUGUAUGUCCUAAUACGUAGGCAACUGGAGACGAUCACGCACAUAAUAUUCAAACGAUACACUAUACAUAACAAAAUUAAAACGCUUCAUCUAGUCACAUAGACACGCGAAAGCAAACCGAAAGGAAACAAAAGAAAACGUGGCGAACUGAAAAGCGUGUCAUGCCAGGACAAACCAAAGGCGAGGCGUGAGCGAGAUAGAUGUAUUAGCUGGCUUUGUAGGCACAAUGUCAAACAGAGCGAUGCGAAGCAAGAAGCGAAGCGCGGAGUUUGUGUUUAUUAACAAAACUUUUGACACGAGUGGCGUAACGCAACGCAUCGCUUUCGGUUUGCUGUGCCUACUUUAUAGUUUGACGUCUUCGCUUCUGUUCGCAUUAUCCAUGCUUCCAGUUCGUUUCGGUUUGCAUUUAUGUUUGACAAUACCGUUAAACUUCAUAAAAUGAAGACACGUGUCAAAGUAAUUAAAUCACAAUAGCUUAUAUAAUGUACAAAAUAAAAGAUUAAGGCUGGGUUGCACCAAAUUACCUGUUGUAGUUAAGAUUAAAGACAAAUUUAAAGUUAACAUAACACUGACCGUAUCAUAGAUUGGGGAAUGUGUUGCACCACGCAUGGCAUGGUUAAACUUAUCAUUUUCUUUUUCUAGACCUGAUAUUGGUCAUUAUAUUAUUACUUUCGUCUUCAAAACUAGUAGAUUCCUCUAUUAAUUCUCGAAGUAGGGACAUGAUGUUAUUUUAGAGCUAAACACAUUAACGGCCUUACAAAUAAAAUUGGCAUAAAGUUAUAAGUAAGCAUAAACCAAGAAUAUGUAAAAUGUAAAAUUAGACAUUUUGCUCACGAAUGGUUUGUUCGGACGUAUAAUGUUUCCCGCGUUUAUUUGCAAGGCAGCUUGUCAUUCGAAAAACUUCAGAAUUAUCGUGUUGUCAACGAUAUUGUAAACAUUUUGCAUUUUCUUUGUUUAUCAUCAGUUAUAUCUGUAUACCAAGAUUUGUAAGGCCGAUAGGCUUUAGAAUAUUUUAGUUUGUCAAACUUUAUACAUCUGGCAGCUACUUAACAUUAACAAUAGCUUAACCGGCGAAAUUUGGACGGUUAAGGUUAACAGAUAUAACGUCAUCUAAAAUCUCUUGUCAAUUGGUGCAACUCAUUUUUUGUUUAACCGGUACUUUAACAUGUUUGUUGUGCAAAACCCAGCCUUAAAAGCCGAUUUGCAACAUAUGCCGUAAAUAUUAAACUAUGUAGAUUCUGGAAUCAGCGUGGUCACGAGAAAAAACUAAGCAAAUAUAAAUUAUUAUCUAUUAACUUUCAAAUGUCGUAAUCCUUCCUAAUGAAACAGGCCAACCGCGGUCAUAAUUCUUCUUUUCUUAUCUCUAAUCUGUCUGUCUACAAAGUACAUUUACUCUGUCGAAAUAUAUAGGGUGUCCCAGAAUGUAAUGAUAACCUGGCAUCGGGGAAAAGGUCCUCUUAUGAUGAGCCAGAUGCUGUUGCGGUCUCGUAAGAAUCCAAAGUAGUUGUUGGGAAAUUGUUACAAUAGGGAAACUUUUUUUUUUUUAAGAAAAAUAUCAUUGUUUAAUGUGCGAAGAGUUAACGACUACUAGUACUAAAAAAAUAAUACAAUAUUUUGCGAGCAAGAAUGACAUCCUGUAUAUUACAGUAUUUUCAUCUCAUUUCAAAUUUAUUGAGGCUAUAUAAGGUCACGGUUUUGACCAUAGUUGAUUAUGUAAGAACCUGGUAUCCAUUAAAAUUAACUUCUUUCACAUUAUAAAUAAUGAAUUAUGUGCCAGAUAAAUGAUAACACUAGCUUAUGUGUGUCGUCUCCUAUAUGUUAUAUACUGAAUAAUUAUAGAGCUGCGAUUAAUUCAAGUUAUAGGGCUAUGAACAGUUUCAACUAUUAAUUUAGGCAUGUAAGUUUUAGAGUAAUAGAGGUUUUGAAGAAACUAAAAUCUACAUGUUCUUCGAAAUACAAUGCAAUUCCAAAUUGUUUAAUGGAUGAAACACCAUUAUUUGCAUUAAAUUCAGAAGUUAAAAAUAUUAUGAGUCUUAAAACCACCUAUCAUAUAAUCUUUGUGUAGUAGUAGUAUUGAUAUAACUCAAUCUAAUAUAAGUAAAAUAAUUGAAUAUAUUAUGUGGAAGAUAUUUAAUUGUACUACAAAUUAUAAUCACAUAUUUUGAUCUCAUGUAUACAACAUUUAUAUUUAGCUUAUAUCUAUGUGUCAGUCGUCAUUUUCUGUAAUUUAAAUAGCUUCUGAAAAUUUACAUAUUAUUAUAUAAAUCUAGUAUCCAUGAGUAGAUUUUAGUUUAAAUAAUUAUAUUGUGUUAAAAAUAAAUGAAAUGUUAAGAUUCA